AUGUUCUCCACCCUAAACACGUCGUCAAAACACAAUUCCAUCGAUUUGAACAAUUCUCAGCUGUCCAACGUUGGAACUCCUCUCGAUCAGUCUACACCGGCGUUUCUAUUCGGAAAACGAAAAGCAACCGUUCCAUCGACAUACACAAACAGUCCGCUGAACACUACUUCUGCUCCAUGCUCAGAUAUUUUCGCUGUUUCUUCGCACGCUGUACCACAGCAUGUCAAAGACACUCCCGGUUCGAAAUCGGUACACUGGUCUCCGGCUCUCGUGCAGUCUAGCGAUAAGCAAUCUACAGUUUCUCAAAGCAACGCUUCUAAUAUGUCGUUCGGAGGAAACUCAUCGUUCACCACAGCGCCAGUAGCUAAGCCACCAGUGCAAGCGUCGUCGUUCGGAGGACAAGCAUUGAAUGCUCCUCCACUUCGAUCUCUCCGCGACAAAGUUGAACCAGCCAAAAAAAUCUCGCGGAGGAACACGUUUGCUGCCAGAUCGACUCCACUGUCGACCCCCAACACUCAGCGCGUAUUGUCGCGUCCUGUUGAAUCUGAAGAGGUGCAGGAAGAAAUUGAUGCAGCUGACACCUGGGUUACAGUUUUCGGAUUCUCUCCAAGUCAGGUUUCAAUUCUAUUAAAUCUGUUCUCGCGGCACGGAGAAGUCGUCAGCCAUCAAGCGCCGACCAGAGGGAACUUCAUGCAUAUUCGUUAUUCCUGCAUUACUCAUGCUCAACAAGCUCUCUCCAGAAACGGAACUCUUCUCGAUCAAGACACAUUCAUUGGUGUCGUUCAAUGCACCAACAAAGAUGUCAUCAAUGGUACAGCAGCCGGUAUUGUUGCUCGCACUUCAACUACUACCGCGGCUGCUAAUAGAUCUGUGUCCAUGUAUAACUCAUUUGCUGAGAGUGAUGCGGCGGAUCAGUCAGCUCAAUUCAACGAGAACAGUGUUCUCAAUUCAUCGAACGUGUUUGAUGCGAACAACUCAAUGAACUCUUCUCGCAUUUCAGUCCGCUCUGGAGUUGGCAUGCGCCCAUUGGCAGUUGAACAGCGGAACAAUGGAACAGCGACUCGAAAGGCCCCAGAUGGAUUGCUCAACAAACUCUGGAACACUAUGGGGCUCAACUAA